AUGGGAUCACCUCCGAAACCCUGGGAACGAGCAGGCGCAACAGCAGCAGUCUUGGAUCCUGCACCAUCUGUUCCCGCUUUCUCUGCCACAUCUUCCGAGUCGGGUGUUCCGACUGUUCCGACUCGACCCGAAAGCAUUGUCUCGGGCACACAACCACUCACAUCCCUCUCCCCGUUCUCGAAUACAUCAUCCGCAUAUGGAUCGACGUACGGCUCUUCUUACUCUCCCUAUAACCGUUUCGGGUCUUACGGAUCCUAUGGCUCGUAUGGCGGGUACGGCGGGGGCAUGUACGGCGGAUACGGUAUGGGCGGCGGAUACGGCAUGGGGAUGACUGGAGGGGGAAUGUACGGCCAACCAGGCAUGCCAGUCGACAGCGUAGCAGCAUCAACCCAACAAGCCUUCUCUCUCCUAGGCAACGUAGUGGGAACAUUUACAUCGUUUGCCCAAAUGCUGGAUUCAUCCUUCAUGGCUACCCAGUCGUCCAUAUUCGCCAUUCUGGGCGUGGCAGAGCAGCUCGGUCAGCUCAGGGCUCUACUUGGCCAGGUCGUGGGUGUCUUUGGCCUCGUUGGGUGGCUCAGAGGCUGGUGGCGCGGCGAACGCAACACAUCCGCCAUGGCACGCGAUUUCAAAAAGUUCCUCCGCGGCGACGAUGGCACACCCAAACCGAGCAAAAAGCCGUUUAUCAUGAUUAUGCUCGCUAUUUUCGGUCUUCCCUAUGUCAUGCACAGGCUCGUCAAGGCCCUGUCGUCUCGUCUCCCACCUCCUCAGUCUACCGCCCCUAUCGACAUGUCUCAGGUCCAGUUUGCGACCGCCCUGUACGAGUUCAAGGCCAAGGAUGAGCUCGAGUUGGGGCUGAGUAAAGGGGACUUGGUCGCUAUUGUUGGCCGCACCGAGGGUGGAGAUUGGUUUAGGGGCAGGACGAGGGAAGGAAAGAUGGGCUGGUUCCCGGCGAACCAUGUCCAAAUCCUCAAGAAGAAGAUCGACGACGAUGUCAAGCCCGUCAAGACUGUCUAG